AUGCAGAUCUGCAUCAAGGGUCCCGGUAUCAAGAGCCCCGAGGACCCGGACCCUCCAACGCGGCAAGAGGCGAACAGCAUCACUUCUGCCGGCAUUUGGCAGCCACUGUUCGUAAGGAGGGGAGGGGCUGAAGGGCUAGAGGGGCCACAAAGACCGUGGAGUGAGCGAGGUGUGGGCGCGGGUGCAUGGUUGGCUGCUGGAGCGCUGAGGAGCAGGGUUCGUCGCGGACUGAUGUCAUCUCACGGACGGUUUCUCACCACGAUCCUGCACGAGCAUCUCACUCACUCCAACAAGCCUCCACCGUUCUUCCCAGUCCCCCCAAAGACGCUACGAGACAUAGUCCGUGUCUUGCUUGUGAAGCUUGUCCACGUUGUGUCUCAUGCCACGCGGAGCCAACCGCCAUGUCUAGUUUCAAGGUUGAGAGUGACACCCACAGCGAUGGUUAGCGGGUUACUUACCGUACAACUCGACGAAGAGGUGUUUCCACGCAUCGUGUCGCUCAGUAGAGAUCGGCUGCGGCUGUCUCUCCCUCAAACUAGAUGUCAGAAAAUGGGUCGGGGUUCUAGACAGGUCGCUGCAAGCCCGCUGCGGAACAUCCCCCCUUCUGCCUUGACAUCAUCUGUCCCACCUCCCAGCUGCAGCUCCAGCCACUCCCAUCUGGCAGCUGCAGAAUCGCAUUACGUUGCAUUGCAUUGGCACCUGUUGCAGGUUGUGGCUGCGAAAUAG